AUGUCAGCUAAGGAUUACUACGGAAACCAACAACAACAAUACGGUCAACCUCAAUACGGAGGAGGAUACCCUCAACAAGGUGGAUACGGUGGACCUCAGGGAGGCUACGGUCAACAACAAGGUGGUUAUUACCCACCACCACCUCAGCAAUCAUACCAACAACCAGGUCGUGACUACCCUCAACCUCAACCUCAACCGGUAUACGUCCAACAACAAAGACCUCAAAAAUCAGGUGGAGCAGGUACAGGAUGUUGUGCAUGUCUCGCUGGUGGUAAGUUCAAACCUCCAUCUACAAAUGAAGGUGACGAUAGAGAUACUGAUACCGAACUUCAAUUUGACAUCACAUAG